CGAUUUGACGGUCGUUUGUGUAGGACGUGAAUUUCAUUCAAAGGCCGAAGCUAAGAGAUCGUCGUCUGUUCGGUGCGUCGCGUCGGUCGGUUAAACAACAUUUUACCAGAGAAAAAAUUUGUCGCUGUCGCCGUGCAGGAAAGUGCGAAAUGUGCGUGAAACGAAAAUAAAAUUAAAUAGCGCAAAAAUUGUCGCAAAAAAAGCGAAAAAAAAAGAUUGAAAUGUUUUUAAAUACGUAUAGAAACUUGUGUCUGCAAGAGUAUUUGCAUACCAAGUAAAAUAGAGUGCUAAAGGAAAUGUGUAAAAAAUAAUAAUAAAAGUCAACCAAACAUUGCGCCGUCAACUGACAAGCGGAAAUUGUAAGAAAAGAAAAAAAAAUAAGAAUAACAAAUAAUAAUAAAAAUUAUGAAUGAAAUUUCUUGGAAAUGUGUGAGUGCGCGAUCAUUGUGAUAUAAGCUAUAAAGAUCUUAACAAAUGAAAUAAUUAAAGUUACAAGUUCAAAGUCAAGACGUUUAAAAUGCGUAUUUGAGUUACAGAGUUUGAGUUUUGUGUCAAAAUGAAAACCAGAAAGUUAUACAAUUACCUACCUUGGUGCUUGCUGCUGAUCUUACUGAUGGUCUAUGAGAGCCACUGCAGACGGCAGCCAAAGACCAAGGCUCAGUCAAAGCGUCUUCAAACGUUCUCACCCGCUGAAUUGCUGAAGGAAUACAAUGCCAGUGUUAGCUCCGCCGAGCAGCUGGAUGACAACAUUAUGUCCUGGACAGGCGUUAGGAUCCAGGAGCGAAAGCAAACGACACCUUCGAAAACACAAAAUCCGCGUCGUCGUAAAACUAAAAGUGGCCUCCUGAUCGAAAGUAAUAUUGCAGAGGAUCAGCAGCCAUCUGCUUCCGCCGAGAUCAGAUCGGGCAAGAAAUACGCACAGCAGCGUCGUCGCAACGGUCGCAUACAAAGACCCAAUAUCAAAUCGAAUGCCAAUAGUAAGUUGAUGCCUCUAUAA